AUGCCGCUGCUCAAACUCAAGACUGGUGGAGCUGGGCAGGCAUCGUCACAGCCAUCGACGGGCGUACCACAGUCUGCCACAUCAGCCGGGCCAAGUGCUACGUCGCCCGCGCCCAGCACAGCGAGCACGAUCGGGCGACCGAAGUUGAAGCUCAAGGCAUCACAACCACCGACUCCAGCCACCGAGUACCCCCCUUCUACUCUGCCGACAGUUUCCAGGAAGAAUGCGGUCGCUGGACUGGCGGGUAAGAAGCGCGGUGCCAACGAUGAUAUCUCACCAGCCACCAAACGCAUUGCUAGUGGGCAGCAAGCGGUGCGGAAACCUUCGCUGAAGAUCAAAGCACCCGCAGCGAAACCGCCGUAUGCCGAUCUAUCAGCCACGACACCGUACAGUGCAGGUAGUGUCAAUAAGCUGAAGCUUUCUGGUCCCAAGAGGAAGAGUACCGCACGUAUCAAGGCACUCACGACCCACAAUGUGAAGCGCGAGGUUCAGAAGCGAGAGACUGGGGUGGGGUAUGAUAGUGAGGACAGUGAACGUGAGGAGGAUCCCGCUAUCCAGCAAGGACUGGUGUUGCGUAUGCAGCCGGGCGAGGAUGCGGAUUUGCUAAGAAAUGCGAUCGCAAAUGGCAAGGUCGGGCUGAGCGAGGAAGGAGGGGUGGGUGUCAGCAUCAAGUUUGUCACACCAGAUUUACGGCGAGCUGUGGUCAAGGUCAAGGGCAGGAUGUAUGCUGCUGCGCUGGUGGAUCUGCCAUGUAUUGUGGAGUCGAUGAAAAGCUGGGACAAGAAAGGCUGGUGGAAGGUGGCGGACAUCUGCCAGAUGCUGCUCGUGCUGGGUCCGGUUAAGAGUGAGGCAGAGAUCAGAGACUUCCCGCUACCGCGCGAGGUGAACAAGGAGACUAUGCAGUAUGCGCAUGGCUUGACUCCUCCUAUGCAUCAUGUACGGAGACGACGAUUCCGCAAGCGUGUCAGUCACAAGCAGCUAGAAAAUGUGGAAGAAGAGGUCGAGAGACUGCUGCGUGAAGACGAGGAGUGGGAGAGAGGCCAGGGUAUGACUACGCACAAUGAGUACAGCCAGGUGGAGUGGGAUAGACUACAGAACGAGCCUGAGCAGCCUUACGAUGAUGAUGAGAUGGACGCGGAUGGCGAGGCGAUAGACACGAUCGAGGACUAUGAUGAUGGUUAUGGACAGACGCCACAGGAGGAAGAGGCUGAUGCAGCAGAUCUCGAGGCUCAGCUGGCUGGUGCAUUCGAGGAAGAUGCUUUUGGUGAGACUUUCGCGGAGACCUUGACGAACUCGCCUGUACCUUUGACCGCGGGAGCAGAGACCAUUAUGACUGACGCUCCCGCCGUGUCAACACCGACAGCCGAAACACCGAUUGCGGAAACACCAGCUGAAACACCGAGAGCGGGGACGGACGAGUCCGAAGAGUCCGACGAGGACGAAGACGACUACUCCGAUGAAGACUCGCCCGAUGUCGUGGACGAGGACGCGGCCGAGAAGGCUGCAGAGCGCGCACAGCAAUUGGAGGAAGUUGCUGAUCUGGAGAGGGAAAUUGCUGCGGUCAGGACGAAGGCGAAUGGAAUGGGUAAUAUGUUGCUCAGACGUAGGGAGAUGGAGAGGCUGGGGAAAUUGGAGGAGGAUCUGAAGAUGAAGAGGAGUGCUUUUGGCUUGGCUGAUGAGGAUGAUCAGGGCGAGUAG